CCUGACUCAGCUCAAACAUGGCUGCGCUGGAAGCUUUGCUGAUUUGGGCGCCGGGAGCAGGAGGUACUCCACGAGUGAGAAAAUUGACAGUGUGUUUUGAGUAAUUCAUCUCUUUCUAUCUCCCUGCACUCUGUGCUGGGAAAAUGCAUCAUCCAUUUGGAGAAGAGGAAACUGCUUCUCAGAAGCAGCUCUUUGGAUUUUUCUGUGAAUGCCUUCGGAGAGGAGAAUGGGAGUUGGCACAGGCUUGUGUACCUCAGCUACACGAGGCCCAAGGGGAUAUCCCAAAGAAGGUGGAAGAUAUACUUCAGGCGCUGGUCAUGUGUCCCAGUCAGCUGAGAUGUGGACAGGAUAUCAACCCUCAAAGAUUAGCCUGGGUCUGGCUUCUUGUGCUGGAAAAAUGGUUGGCCCUGGAAAAGAAGUUACUUCCAGCUGGCUUCCGGAGAAAACUUGAGUUUCUUUUAUUGUCAGAAGACCUCCCAGGUGACAUCCCAGAGGACAUCCUCAAGGAGCUGUACACGGUCUUAGCACAAGAUGCGGCAGACUCUGUGCUUGAUGGAAAUCAGAGGCAAGAGAGCUGGCCCCCUUGGCUCAGCUCAGAAGCUGUCUCUCUGCUCUGGGAUCUUCUGCGGGAGGCCCCUCAGCCUGCGCAGGCCCUGCUGGAGCUCCUGCUUGGGGAGGAAGAUGACACGGGCCUCCAAGGCUGGUUCCUGCAGAAGGCGCUGGUGGACCUCAUUCGAAAGGCACUGCGAGCUUUGCGGGGUCCUGCCACCGGGCACCCAGGGGCAGUCGAUGCCAUCUACGGAGCCCUGCGGACUCUGCGCUGCCCUGCAGAGCCUCUCGGGGCUGAGCUGCGUCUCCUGUGUGAGGAACUGCUGGAGGCCAGCAGGGCAGAGGGGAGUCCCCUGCAGGAGGAGCGGCUGCUUGGCUGCCUGCUGCACGAGGCCGGGCGGGGCCUGGUGUCCCUGUAUGGCCACACCUAUGCAGAGAAGGCCCCAGAAAAGCCACCGACGACCACACCCUCGGGAAAAGUCUCACUGGCUCAUCUAGAUCCUGAGCGGGCAAUGCUAGCCUUGUUCUCCAAUCCUGACCCAGCCCAGGCUUGGAAAUUGGCCUAUUUCUACUGCCUGAGCAACAGCAAGCACUUCCUCGAGCAGAUCCUGGUGACAGCACUCACCCUGUUGAAGGAGGAAGACUUCCCAAGUCUUGGCUGCCUGCUAGAUAGAGAAUUCAGCCCUCUCAGUCGACUGCUCGUGCUCCUGGGCUGGACACACUGCCAGAGCCUAGCGUCAGCCCAGAGGCUGCUCCAGACACUCCACAGGACCCAGGUGCCUGAGUCAGCGUCUCUUUCUUCUCCUGUAUCAACACAGGACCAAGGCUGUGAUAAGCUCCUCAGGGAUGCCUGUGAUGGGCUGUGGGCUCACCUGGAGGUCCUGGAGUGGUGUGUGCAGCAGAGCAGCAACCCCAUACCAAAGAGAGAUCUCUUGUGUCACUUACAUGGUGGAGAAAGCCACUCAGUGCUCUACUCUCUCCAUCACCUUACAAACCUUCCAGCCCUCAGGGAGGAAGAUGUCCUCAAGCUCCUACAGAAGGUGCCAGCCAAGGACCCCCAGCAAGAGCAUGAUCCAACUGACGCCACGGUCCCUGCGCACCUGAGCCGGUGUCAGAACCUGACACUCUACCGGAGCUUCUGUGCCAUGAAGUAUGCCAUCUAUGCCCUCUGUGUGAACUCACACCGGCACUCCCAGUGCCAGGAAUGCAAAGACGGUCCCUCUGAGGACCUGGCCGUGGCUGCAGAACCAGUGAACGAUUCUCUCUCCUCCCCAGGUGCUUCAGAUCUCUUUUCAACAUACCUGGCCAGGUGUCAACAGUAUCUUUGCAGUAUUCCUGACUCUCUGUGCCUGGAACUUCUAGAAAACAUCUUCUCAUUGCUCCUUAUCACCUCUGCUGAUCUUCACCCAGAGCCUCACCUGCCCGAGGACUACGCUAAGGAUGAUGACGCUGAGGGGAAGGGCCCGUUGGGUUUGAGGUCCCCGUCAGAGAGCCCUCAGCACAUAGCACAGCCUGAGAGGAGGUCAGAACAGGGUUCCCUGGGGGCCUCCAGGAGCCUGGCCUCCACAGUUCCAAGCUCUCUGAAGGCACAGCCAAAAGACAGUUGCCCAGAGCCUCACAGGCACAGCUUUUUGGACCUAAAGCACUUUACUAGCGGUAUCAGUGGGUUCCUGGCUGAUGAAUAUGUAAUAGGGGCCUUCCUCAGGCUGCUGCAGGAGCAGCUGGAUGAGCUAAGCAGCCGCAGCUCCCCCGAGAAGCCAAAGCUGCUUGAAGGCCAGAGUGGCCUGGGCAGCAGCAGCAGAGACGGACUGCAGAGCCGCCUGCACCAGUUCUCCAAGGUUCUCUCUGAGGCCCAGUGGAGGUACAAGGUGGUGGCCAGCAACCAGGGCUCAGAGGAGCAACCCUCCCGAAGAUACCGGCCCAUCGCCACAUGGCACCCCAGUCUCCGCCGGGGUCGUCGGACAAGAAGGAGCCGGGCAGGUAAUCUGAAGAACUCUCUCCAUGCCUCCUUCCCACAAGCGGCAAAUGAUGGCCGGGACAGAGGUUCCAACCCAUCCCUGGAAAGUACAAGUAGUGAGCUGAGCACAAGUACUUCAGAGGGAAGUCUGAGCACUGCAUCUGGGAAGAAUGAGCUGGAUGGCCGGUUGCAUCCUCAACCUCAAAGUUCACUCAUCCGCAUGAUGUUCUCCCCACCUGAGUCACUGCUGGCAUCCUGCAUCCUCCGGGGGAACUUCGCAGAAGCCCAUCAGGUGGUGUUCACAUUCAACCUGAAGUCCUCGCCCAGCUCCGGGGAGCUGCUGUUCAUGGAGCGCUACCAGGAGGUCAUCCAGGAGCUGGCCCGAGUAGAGCACAAGAUCGAAAACCAGAACUCGGACGGGGUCAGUGGCACCAUCCGACGAACAGGCAGCGGCCGCUCAACUCUGCAGGCCAUUGGCAGCGCUGCAGCCGCAGGAAUGGUAUUUUACUCCAUCUCUGAUGUGACCGACAAGCUGCUCAGCACCUCGGGAGACCCCAUCCCCACACUCCAGGAGGACUUCUGGAUAAGCAGUAGCCCAGUGGAGCCCACUGCCCCCCUGAGAGAGGUUCUGGAAGACCUCAGCCCCCCCGCCAUGGCUGCAUUUGACCUGGCUUGCUCUCAGUGCCAGCUCUGGAAAACCGGCAAGCAGCUCUUGGAAACUGCUGAACGGCGCCUGAACAGCAGCCUUGAGAGUCGGGGUCGCCGGCUAGACCACGUAUUCCUCAGUGCUGAUGGCAUUCGAGGUUUUCCAAGCGUUCUUCAGCAGAUCAGUAAGAUUCUCAAUUACCCACUUCUGUCAGCCGGACAAAUCAAACCAGAGAGUGUAGAGGAAAAGGGGGGAGGUCCCCCACGGUGCAGCAUUGCUGAGCUGCUUCAGAUGUGUUGGCCCAGCCUCACCGAGGACUGUGUCGCUAGCCACGCUACCCUCUCCCAGCAGCUGGAGCAGAUCCUUCAGUCACUGAGAGAAGCACUACAGCUGCCAGAGCCCAGGAGUACUCCACUCACCUCCCUGGUGGAGCAGGUGGCCGAGAAAGCUCUGGAGGCAGAGGCCCACCCUGUGUAUAUCCAGACUCAGCUCCUCCAGAAGAACCUGGGCAAACAGAUGCUGGCAGGCGGCAGGCAGACUGACUACAUAGGCACCUUCUUCAGGUACUGCAGCACCCUGGCUGCUGUUCUCCUGCGGAGUUUGAGCUCUGAGCCUGAUCACGUGGAAGUCAAGGUGGGAAACCCCUUUGUUCUCCUGCAACAGAGCUCCUCCCAACUGGUGUCACACCUCCUGCUUGAGCGACAAGUUCCCCCAGAGAGGCUGGCAGCCCUUCUGGCCCGAGAGGGUCUCAGCCUGAGUGUGCCACAGGUCAUUGUCAACUGCUGCUGUGAGCCCCUUGCCCUUUGCUCUUCCCGUCAGAGCCAGCAGACAUCAUCCCUUCUGACCCAGCUGGGCAUUCUGACCCAGCUGCAUACCUCCCACUGCCUGGAGGACCUCCCACUUUCUACACUGAGCUCCUCAAAGCCAACCGAGAAUCCCACGCUGGAGAGAAAGCCCCCCUCCUCCCCGAGGGAUUCAUCAGGCCCAGCCCUCACCUCCUCUGCCUUGGCCUUCCUUAAGUCCCGCUCAAAGCUGCUGGCUACCGUGGCCUGUCUGGGGGCUUCCCAGGGGUCAAAGAUCACCAAGCCCGGCUUGUCUUGGAAGGAGCUUCGUGGCCACAGGGAGGUGCCUCUGACUGCAGAGCAGGUAGCCCAGGAGUGUGAGCGCCUCCUGGAACAGUUCCCUAUGCUUGAGGCCUCCCUCCUAGCUGCCUGGGAGCCCCUACGAGGGUCCUCCAAGCAGGGGCAGAGUCUGGCAGCGGGUCUCUGCGGCCGGGCCAGUCUCUCUACCGUCCUCCUGGGCCUGCAUUCUCCCAUAGCCCUGGAUGUGCUCACCAAGGCCUUCGAGGAAGCCCUGGUGGCCAGAGAUUGGCACCGGGCCCUUCAGCUCACUGAAGUGUACGGGCGAGAUGUGGACGACUUGAGCAGCAUACAGGAUGCGGUCCUGAGCUGUGCUGCGGCAGGUGUCAAAGAAGGUUGGCAGUACCUGUUUGCUGUGAAGGAUGCAUCUCUGAGAAGUCGGCUAACACUGCAGUAUGUGGACCGGUGGCCCCUGGAGUCAUGCCUGGAGAUCCUGGCCUACUGCAUUUCAGACACAGAUCUCCAAGAUGGGCUGGAGUGUGAGCUACAGAGAAAGCUAGCAGAGCUGCUGGUGUAUCAGAAGAUUCUAGGUUUGCAGGCUACCCCCGUGUGGUGUGACUGGCAGACCCUGAGGAACUGUUGUGUCGAGGACCCAUCAACUGUCAUGAAUGUGAUUCUAGAAGCCAAGGAGUAUGAGCUGUGUGAGGAGUGGGGCUGCCUAUACCCCAUUCCAAGAGAACAUUUAAUCAACCUACAUCAAAAGCAUCUUCUCCACCUUCUAGAAAGAGGCGAUCAUGAAAAGGCUCUGCAGCUCCUGCGAAGAAUUCCUGACCUCACCAUGUGCCUUGAGGUCACAGAGCAGUCCCUCGACCAGCACUCUAGCUUGGCCACUUCUCACUUCUUGGCCAACUACCUCACCACCCACUUCUAUGGAGAACUGACUGCUGACCGACACCGUGAAAUCCAAGCACUGUACAUGGGAUCCAAGAUCCUGCUAACCCUGCCCGAGCAGUACCGGGCCAGCUACUCCCACUUGUCCUCUAACCCCCUGCUCAUGCUGGAGCAGCUGCUCAUGAACAUGAAAGUGGAUUGGGCCACCAUGGCUGUGCAGACUCUGCAUCAGCUGCUGGCUGGCCAGGAGAUUGGCUUCACCAUGGACGAGGUGGACUCGCUGCUUUCCAGAUACGCAGGAAAAGCCCUGGACUUUCUGUACCCUCUGCGGGAGAAACGCUCAGAUCCUGUGAUUUACCUCCAGGAAAUUGUCAGUCCGGCUUCAGACCUCGAGACCUUGUCUAGGUCACCGUCAGCGGAGUUCUCUUCUGUUGCUGCUCCUGGUGUCUCCAUUGUGCAUUCCCCCAGUCCGAGGGAGAGGAGCUUCCCACAGAGUCAGCCGCCACUGGAGUUUGUGCCCCCAGCAACGCCCCCUGCCAGGCACCAGUGGGUACCGGAUGAGAGUGAGAGCACCUGCAUGGUCUGCUGCAGGGAGCGCUUCACCAUGUUUAACAGGCGUCAUCACUGUCGCCGCUGUGGUCGGCUAGUGUGCAGUUCCUGCUCCACUAAGAAAACGGUGGUGGAAGGCUGCAGAGAGAACCCUACUCGCGUGUGUGACCAGUGCUAUAGUUACUUCAACAAAGAUGCGCCAGAGGAGAAUCCAGGACAACCAGGAGCACCAGACAGCCCCAAGAGCGAAAGCCCUCCAUACUCAGCUGUGGUGAGAGUCCCCAAAGCAGCUGAGGUGGAAUGGAUUUUGGAUCUGAAUGAGGAGGAAAAUGAGCUGGUGCGGAGUGAAUUUUACUAUGAGCAGGCCCCCAGCGCCUCCUUGUGUAUCGCCAUCCUGAAUCUGCACCAGGACAGCGUUGCCUGCGGCCACCAGCUGAUUGAGCACUGCUGCAGGCUGUCCCAGGGGCUCACCAACCCGGAGGUAGAUGCGGGGCUGCUCACAGACAUCAUGAAGCAGCUGCUCUUCAGCGCCAAGAUGAUGUUUGUCAAGGCGGGCCGGAGCCAGGACCUAGCUCUUUGUGACAGCUACAUCAGCAAGGUAGAUGUGCUGAAUAUUUUAGUUGCUGCUGCCUAUCGCCACGUGCCAUCUCUGGAUCAGAUCUUGCAACCAGCCGCAGUAACCAGGCUAAGGAACCAGCUUUUGGAAGCUGAGUACUACCAACUGGGCGUUGAGGUCUCCACAAAGACUGGCCUUGAUACCACCGGGGCAUGGCACGCUUGGGGCAUGGCCUGCCUCAAAGCUGGGAACCUCACCGCCGCACGGGAGAAGUUUAGUCGCUGUCUGAAGCCCCCUCUCGACCUCAAUCAGCUGAGUCAUGGCUCAAGACUGGUACAGGAUGUGGUUGAGUACCUGGAGUCCACAGCGAGGCCACUUCUAUCCGUGCAAGAUGAUGAUUACUUGGCCACCUUGAAAGAGCUGGAAGCUACCCUUCGGACCCAGAGCCUCUCUCUGGAGGUGAUUCCUGAAGGGAAGAUCAUGAACAACACCUACUACCAGGAAUGCCUCUUCUACCUGCAUAACUACAGCACCAGCCUGGCCAUCAUUAGCUUCUACGUGAGGCACAGCUGCCUGCGGGAAGCCCUGCUGCACCUCCUCCAAAAGGAAAGUCCCCCAGAAAUCUUCAUAGAAGGCAUCUUCCAGCCAAGCUAUAAAAGUGGGAAGCUACACGUUUUAGAAAACUUGCUAGAAUCCAUUGAUCCAACCUUGGAAAGCUGGGGAAAGUACUUGAUUGCCGCCUGCCAACAUUUACAGAAGAAGAACUACUACCACAUUCUGUACGAGCUACAGCAGUUUAUGAAGGACCACAUCCGGGCCGCCAUGACCUGUAUUCGGUUCUUCAGUCACAAAGCAAAGACAUAUACGGAGCUGGGAGAGAAGCUCUCUUGGCUGCUUAAGGCCAAGGACCACCUGAAGAUCUACCUCCAAGAAACCUCCCGCCGUACUGGAAGGAAGAAAACCACCUUCUUCCGAAAGAAGAUGACGGCAGCUGAUGUGUCAAGGCACAUGAACACACUUCAGCUGCAGAUGGAAGUGACCAGGUUCUUACAUCGCUGCGAAAGUGCUGGGACCUCUCAGAUCACCCCCUUGCCUCUGCCAACCCUGUUUGGAAACAACCACAUGAAAAUGGAUGUUGCCUGCAAGGUCAUGCUAGGAGGGAAAAACGUAGAAGAUGGUUUUGGAAUUGCAUUCCGGGUUCUGCAGGACUUCCAGCUGGACGCUGCCACAACCUACUGCAAAGCCGCCCGGCAGUUGGUGGAGAGGGAGAAGUACAGUGAGAUCCGACAGCUGCUCAAGUGUGUCAGCGAGUCAGGCAUGGCGGCCAAAAGUGACGGGGACACCAUCCUCCUCAACUGCUUGGAAGCAUUCAAGAGAAUUCCACCCCAGGAGCUGGAGGGCCUGAUCCAGGCGAUGCACAGUGAUGACAGCAAGGUUCAGGCCUACCUGACGUGUUGCAAGCUGCGUUCUGCCUACUUGAUCGCCGUGAAGCAAGAACACUCGCGGGCCGCGGUCCUCGUCCAGCAGGUGCAGCAGGCCGCCAAGAGCAGUGGGGACGCAGUAGUGCAAGACAUCUGCUCCCAGUGGCUUCUGACAAGCCACAGCCGGGGUGCCCACGGCUCGGGCUCCAGGAAGUGACCCUGGACUACGGGGCCUGACAACUGUGGGAGGGGAGUGAUGGGCAUGCUUCCAGCUCUUCCCUCCUGUGGGACGGGACUUCCCUGGCUCCACCCCAGGUGGGAAAGAGCUGGAAUGGGGCCCGACUUGCCAUCCUGGGCAAAGACAGGACCUUUCACACAAGUGCCAUGUUUCUGUAAAACUGUGGAGUCUGUGUUUGUCUGGAGAUGGCCAGUUCUUUCUACCUCAGAGUGAGUGUGUGUGUGUGCACGCUCUUUGCGCUCAUGUUUACGCCCAAGCAUUUCUGAACAAAUGAAACUCUCCCCCCACUGCAAAGAGGCACUUUACUUUAGACUUCUGCCUGUCUGAAAACCUUCCCCGCGUUUUUGGUUCUUAACCCGGGUUCAUCCUGUUUGUACACAGUUCCCUCUGUGUGGAGAUGUUCCAGUAGCUCCUCGUGACUGGAAGGGUUUUAACAGAGAAUUAUAGAGCAGCAUCAAAAGGAUUUCCUCUUCUUCCCUCCUUCCCGUCCCCAAAUUCAGAGAUGGCUUUAGGGCAGUUGCUUCCUGUGCUAUAAAACCAUUCUGAGUGUCUCUCCUCUCACAAGCGCCAGAGUUACCAUGAAUCUUCGGAAGGUGGUCUGAACAGAAAGGUCCUCAGGUGCUGGCAUCUGAAAGCUGUGGCUACCUGUGCACGUGAUGGGGUCUGGAGCCCUACACAUGGGCAGGAGGGGCGCUAUCACGUUUAUCCACAGGGAGAGAAAAGGGAACCUCUCCAAACAGGAUUGCAGGAGGGUUGUUUCCAAGCAAAGAACUGGCUUUUGUCAAUAUCCCUGCUGCAAAGUGAGAGGAAGUAGCUUCCUCUUUGAGAGUCUGGGGAGAGAAACAGUAGCCCAGACCCUGGAACUGAAUGGCUGGACUUUGCCUGUUUGAGUUACAGUCCUAUAUGUGCCCCUUAAAUUGGUUAGGAAAUCACUUCCUCUUCCCUCCUGCUUCUCUUCAGUCUCUUUGGAACAGAAGGAUGGACACGCAGAGACCCAAGGUCGUUGAGAAGGCAGUGCACUACUUUGUCUUAACAAAGGGAGUCACGGGUUCACUUUGAAGUUGGGCCAGCGGACAAGAAUUAAACAAGGGGGGCUUCCCUGGUGUCUCAGUGGUUAAGAAUCCGCCUGCCAGUGCAGGGAACACAGGUUCGAGCCCUGGUCCGGGAAGAUCCCACAUGCCACGGAGCAGCUAAGCCCGUGUGCCACAACUACUGAACCUGCACGCCUAGAGGCCGUGCUCUGCAACAAGAGAAGCCACUGCAAUGAGAAGCCCGUGCACCGCGACGAAGAGUAGCCCCCGCUCGCCGCAACUAGAGAAAACCCAUGCACAGCAACAAAGACCCAACUCAGCCAUAAAUAAAUAAAUUUAUUUUUUAAAAAGAAGAAUUAAACAAGGGGAUGGUGAAAUAGGUCAUGUCCAGUUGGGCAACUAGGUGAAGUGCUCCUUUAAUAAACAUUGGCCUGUCUUCCCACCAGAGAUGUGACAGCGUUUUGGAAAAGGUCUUACAUAGUCCAUGACUUGGAUUUGCAAAUGAGGGGUGUGAGGAAAGCUCCGCAGCUGCGAGCCUCCCACCAGCCAGAGCUCAGCCUGUUGAUCUCACGUUUGCUGCUGAGAGAAACGGGAGCUAGAAGCCAAAGUCACUAUCUCUGGCGCUUAGAAACCCUGUGGAUUUCCCUCUGAACCAGGUUUUUUUAAUAGUAAAAUAAACAACUGUAAGAGCAUCUGUCAGAUUCAAAGUUUUGGUCCUCUUAGGGGAGAGACUGAAAAGAAAAUACUAGACCCCUUUAUGGGAAAGUGUGACAAGUGGCUUUGAGUCAUAAAAUGCAUCUGUCUCCCAGAAAACAUCAUUUCCUGGCAUCUGCUUGCCCUUCUGAGUCUGCCCUUUUUGCACUGAACAUAAGCACUUUAUAUAAAUGGGUUGCAAAUCUUACAGCCCUUAAUUUGGGAUGUUAAGACCAGAUUUUCCUGACUCUCAGUUAGUUGAACUAUAAAAUAGGCAGCCGUUGACUAGACUGAUGUAAGAUGAGGCUAAGGGCUUUUGGGCAUCAGGCUGUGGUCUCCAGCAAAAAACAAAAUAACAAACUAAUGGACACGUCAAAGGGUUGAAUGUUUUAUUAUAAGCAAGUCUUAAUAAAGUGU